GUCCACUAUACACCCGCGAUGCCCCCCAAACUGCCCGCCAGCCUCGUAUCAGCAGCCGCCGAUGCCCCUCCCCCUGCGAACGAUGCCGCCAGUACCAGCGGUUCUGCGCGAAGCACCCCCGCUCUCGGUGGUACACCAGGACCCAGUGCCGGUCCCAGUGCGCCAGGCGUGCCAAAGAUGAAAUUCAAACCCAAAGUGCCCAUCCGGAGACAAAAGACAGAGGCUGAAGUGAAAGCUGAACCUGCGCCUUCGGCGUCUACGAGAGGUGCUCCCCGAGGUCGUGGGAGAGGCGAUCCUCGUGGAGGACGGGGUGGAAGAGGAGGAAGAGGAGGGACGGUCGUAUCUACAUCAACCGCUGCAGGUGUCUUUGGUGGUCCUCGGCCCGCUACGUCCACUACCCGCAAAUUCACAGCCGCCGCCUCCGCCCCCCGCCUCCCCGAGUACCCCUCCGACGCCGAAGAGUACUCUGACCACUCCUCCGAAGACGGCUUCACCUCCACCCGGCCUAUCGACAUUGACCUCGUCUCGACCAUGUCUGAAUCUGCGCCGACGAGUAUGCAUAGGGAUCGAAAGUUGACGGGGGGGCCGAAGGCGAAGGAGAUGAAGGAUAAAGAGAAGGCGGAUAAGGCUAGGGUGAAGGCGAAGAAGGCCAAGGGCAGGACCGCUGUACCCGUGGGGCAGGGGGGAGUGAAGCCGGAACCGGUCUCGCCGGGGCAAGAGUUCCAGCCGCUGAGAGACGACGACGCGAUGAUGUCGGGCGACGAGGACCAAGACCGGGACGAACGCGGGCGUCGGGUGCGCAACUUUAUGCAGACGGGUGGGAUCGAAGAAGCGAGCCCGGAGGAGGAGGAUGAAGAGGUGAAUGCGGCGCAGAUGGUGGAUCUGAGUGAGAGCGAGAGUGAGGAGGAGGAAGAGGAUAUGGAGGGGGACUUUGUGGCUACCGAAGGCGGGGAUGAUCCCGAAAACAAACUAUUCGUAUUCCAAUUCCCGCACCUCUUUCCCAAAUUCAACCCCCCCGGCCCUGUCGACCUGACCAACCCCAAUGCUGCGUCCAUGCCCAGGGAAGACGUCAAACCGGAUAUCAAACCGACCGCCGCGCAGCUCAAAGCACAAGCGAGAAAGGCGAAAGAGGAGCCGGUGCCGGAGGGCAGGAUCGGGACGAUGGUGGUGAUGAAGAGCGGGAGGGUGAAGAUGGUUUUGGGCGAUGGGAUCGUCAUGAACGUAUGUCCUCUCCCUUUCCUCUUCCCCCUCCUCCAUGUUUGGUGUAGAAGCUGACAGGAGAGGUCAGGUCGCCCCCGGAGUUCCACCAACAUUCACCCAGCAUCUCGUCCACCUCGACCCCAAACAAAAGGCCGCCAUCGUCAUCGGCGAUAUCCACAAAAAUUACGUCGUCACCCCUGAUAUAGACAGGCUGCUGCAGGAGCUUUAUUUGAAUGGGGGACAGACGCCGGGGGAUCUGGAGGCUGUGAAGAGGGAGGAGGUGAGGAGGUCCAAGGGGUUGGUCAAGAUGGAGGAUUUGUAGAAGGCUAGGCUUGGAGGGAGGGAUAGAGGUGCGCAUGUAUACAUGUGGACUACUGGCA